UCGUACAAAUGAAAUAGGUUACCAGAAUUAGUCUAUUGACUUAGAAGACUCCACCUCUCUGUAACCCCAAUGAAAACCGAAUCGAAUUUUACAUAGAUCUCAUCAUCAUUGAUUAAAUCCAUCCAAAUUUGCAUCUCCUUCUCAUCAUUUCCUGAAAUGUUUAAACACACCAAAAGUUCUAAAUAAACCUUCAAAACUAAACUGUUUUCUUUGUUUCUACAAGAAAAGGAAAAACAAAAAAGAGAGAUGCCUUUCUCUUCUUAUAUUGGCAGCAAUACUCGUGGUGGUGGUGGUGGUGGUGUCUCCACCUCCGCCGGCGGCGGCAGCAGCUGGGCCCACUCACUCCUUCCUUCAACCACACCAACAAAAUCAAAACUUCCAUCAAGAAAACCAAGAAAACGAACGGUUCUGAUCAACUUUCUUUUCACGAACUUCUUCACUAUAGCUCUUUCGAUCUCACUUCUUUUCCUUUUCUUUACUAUCCUGCAUUUUGGUAUCCUAAAACCUCUUUCUACUCCUUUUAAAUCAAAACCCACUUCUCAUUUUUACAGGAGCCGAAAACCCAAUCCUCGAAAGACCCCAACUUUGAAUUACAAUGAUGAUAAAGGCGUGGUUGUUAUGGGUUCUACUGUGGAUAUAACUACUAAAGAUUUGUAUGAUAAGAUUGAGUUCUUGGAUGUGGAUGGUGGGCCAUGGAAGCAAGGUUGGAGAGUUAGUUAUACAGGAAAUGAAUGGGAUGGCGAGAAGCUGAAGGUUUUUGUGGUGCCUCAUUCUCAUAAUGAUCCUGGCUGGAAGUUGACUGUCGAUGAGUAUUAUGAGAGGCAAUCUAGGCACAUUCUUGAUACUAUUGUUUCGACACUUUCUAAGGAUGUUCGGCGGAAGUUCAUAUGGGAGGAAAUGUCUUAUCUGGAGAGAUGGUGGAGGGAUGCAACGGAGGAAAAAAGAGAAUCUUUCACCAAACUAGUGAAGAAUGGUCAGUUAGAAAUUGUUGGAGGUGGUUGGGUGAUGAAUGAUGAGGCCAAUUCACAUUAUUUUGCCAUAAUUGAGCAGAUUACAGAGGGGAAUAUGUGGUUGAAUGAUACCAUUGGAUUUGUUCCUAAGAAUUCUUGGGCAAUAGAUCCAUUUGGUUACUCAGCCACCAUGGCAUAUCUUCUCCGUCGUAUGGGUUUCGAGAACAUGCUUAUUCAGAGGACCCACUAUGAGGUAAAGAAGGAACUUGCACGGAAUAAGAAUUUGGAAUACAUAUGGCGUCAGAGCUGGGAUGCUGAGGAAACAACUGACAUUUUUGUCCACAUGAUGCCCUUCUAUUCUUAUGAUAUUCCGCAUACUUGUGGGCCAGAGCCUGCUAUUUGUUGUCAAUUUGAUUUUGCUCGAGUUCAUGGCUUUUAUUAUGAAAUGUGCCCGUGGGGGGAACAUCCAGUGGAGACCAGCCAUGAAAAUGUACAGGAAAGGGCACAGAAGUUACUAGAUCAGUAUAGGAAGAAAUCAACACUAUAUCGCACUAAUACUCUUCUCGUUCCUCUUGGAGAUGAUUUCCGUUAUAUCAGUGUUGAUGAAGCAGAAGCUCAAUUUCGGAAUUACCAAAAAUUGUUUGAUUAUAUAAACUCUAAUCCUAGUUUAAACGCGGAGGCAAAAUUUGGAACUCUGGAAGAUUACUUCCAAACUCUUCAUGAGGAGGCUGAUAGAAUAAAUUAUUCGCUUCCUGGUGAGGUUGGUUCUGGUCAGAUUGUAGGUUUUCCAUCUCUAUCUGGUGAUUUCUUUACUUAUGCUGACAGGCAGCAAGACUACUGGAGUGGCUAUUACGUUUCAAGGCCUUUCUUCAAGGCUGUUGAUCGGGUGCUAGAGCAAACACUUCGUGCAACAGAAAUGAUGAUGUCUUUGUUACUUGGUUAUUGUCAGAGAGCACAAUGUGAAAAGUUGGCCACAGGAUUUGGCUAUAAGUUAACUGCUGCCAGGAGGAAUUUAGCUCUUUUUCAACACCAUGAUGGGGUAACCGGUACUGCCAAGGAUCAUGUCGUUCGGGACUAUGGACUUCGGAUGCAUACUUCUUUGCAGGACUUGCAAAUUUUCAUGUCUAAAGCUGUUGAAGUACUUCUUGGCAUCCGCCAUGAAAAAUCUGACCAUAACCCAUCUCAGUUUGAGGCAGAGCAAGUGAGAUCUAAGUAUGAUGUUCAGCCAGUGCAUAAAGCAAUCAGUGCUCGUGAAGGGACUUCGCAUUCGGUGAUCCUAUUUAAUCCUCUGGAGCAAACUAGAGAAGAGGUUGUGAUGGUUGUUGUUAACAGGCCACAUGUUGCUGUUUUGGACUCGAACUGGACUUGUGUUCAAAGCCAAAUUUCUCCAGAGCUGCAGCAUGAUAGAACCAAGAUUUUUACUGGGAGGCAUCGUGUCUACUGGAAAGCUUCUGUUCCUGCCAUGGGGUUGCAAACAUAUUACAUUGUCAAUGGUUUUGCAGGAUGUGAAAAAGCAAAACCAGCAAAAAUAAAGUACUUCUCAGUGUCCAAGUCAUUUUCUUGCCCCCCUCCAUAUGCUUGCACGAGAAUAGAAGAUGAUGAGGCUGAAAUCCAGAAUCAACAUCAAAGUCUGACUUUUGAUGUGAAGCUUGGUUUGUUGCGGAAGAUUAGCCAUAGAAAUGGUUACAAGAAUUUUGUGGGCGAGGAAAUAGGUAUGUAUUCUAGUCCAGAAAGUGGGGCCUACCUAUUUAAACCUGAUGGUGAUGCUCGGCCUAUCGUUCAGGCAGGUGGGAACAUGGUGAUCUCUGAGGGACCACUACUGCAGGAAGUGUACUCUCAACCUAAGACAGCAUGGGAACAAACCCCUAUCUCCCAUAGUACUAGAAUUUAUGAAGGGGAUGAUGCUGUUCAGGGGCUUAUUGUGGAGAAAGAAUAUCAUGUCGAGCUCAUUGGCCAGGAUUUUAAUGACAAGGAAUUGAUUGUUAGAUACAAGACAGAUAUUGAUAAUAGAAGGAUUCUUUAUUCUGAUUUAAAUGGCUUUCAGAUGAGUCGGAGAGAAACUUAUGAUAAGAUCCCCCUGCAGGGGAAUUACUAUCCUAUGCCCUCUCUAGCCUUCAUGCAGGGAUCCAAUGGCCAGAGGUUCUCUGUCCAUUCUAGACAGUCAUUGGGUGUGGCAAGCCUUAAAGAAGGAUGGUUAGAAAUUAUGCUUGACCGCCGUUUGGUAAGGGAUGAUGGACGGGGUCUUGGGCAAGGAGUGAUGGAUAAUCGUCCAAUAAAUGUGAUCUUUCACAUUAUUGUAGAGUCCAACAUUUCUGCCACUUCAAAUCCUGUUUCUAAUCCCCUUCCUCUGAGCCCAUCUCUCCUCUCUCAUUGUGUUGGAGCUCACUUGAACUAUCCUUUGCAUGCAUUUGUUGCAAAGAAUCCCCAGGAGUUAUCUGUGCAGCCACCUCCAAGAUCCUUCUCUCCUUUAGCUGCUCCAUUACCAUGUGACUUGCACAUGGUGAAUUUCAAAGUUCCCCGACCAUCAAAAUAUUCUCAGCAGCUGAUUGAAGAUUCUAGGUUUGUUCUGAUCUUACAGAGGCGACAUUGGGAUACUUCGUAUUAUCGGAAAGACAGACCACAGUGCACUACUCUUGCAAAUGAGCCUUUAAAUCUAUUCAAUUUGUUCAAGGGACUUGCAGUAUUGAAUGCAAAGGCAACUUCCUUAAAUCUUCUGCAUGAGGAUGCAGACAUGCUUGGGUACAGUCAGCAGGUUGGUGAUGUAGCUCAAGAGGGACAUGUAAUCAUCUCUCCUAUGGAGAUACAAGCAUACAAGUUGGAUUUGCGACCACACCAGUGAACAAAAGUUGUUUACUUGUCAUAUCUUUGUGGCUGAUGAUGGUAUGGAUUAGUGCAAAUUUGAUUUUCCCUAACCCAUCGUCUAUUGUCAACAAUUCCGAAGCUUCAACAGAUUCAGGAGUGUUGUUAGCUGUUACGUGCAAUCUCAUGAAACACUGACCAAGGACAUAGCAGGAGCUGAUACUUUUAUGGUGGCAGGGCUCUAUGGAGGGUAUUUGUUAAGUUUAUGGAAGGUAUUUGUUACAUAGUUUCGAUGUACUUUUGUUAUUAAUUCACAUGAUAGGAAAUUUUGUAUGAGAUACUGUAUUAUGGGAAACUGGUGUUGUGUUUCCCUCCCAGAACCAUAGAUUAACCCUGAUGAUAUUUGAAUUAUUGUGAUGUAUAUUGCUUCUAAGAAAAGAUCAUUCGCCAUAGGUAAUAUCAAGGAAUAAUAUUGGUUUUAUUCUUAUUAAUAA